ACACACAAGAUGAUAUUUUGAAGAAAGCUGAGAAUCUGUAACCAUUGACUUCCAUAGUUGGAAAAACAAACACUAUGUAAGUCAAGGGUUGCAGGUUUCUAAUGUUUUUCAAAAUAAAGGUUUGAAACAAGUCAUUCAAAACAUAAUUUUUGGGUGAAAUAUCCCUUUUAAGACUGUCUCAGUAAGGCAUAAGUGGAUAAAUGAAAUGUACUGAAAAAUAUUGAUGAUGGAUUUAUAUGUGUACUUGUUUAAGUUGGGCAGCAAAGAUUUUGGGAGACGGUUGGGUGGUGUCAUUGGUCCCAUCAUGGCAUAGGUUGCAGGUAGGUGUGUUGUUCGAAGGGUUAAUGUUUUUAAUGUGUGAAACAGAUGAUACAGUAGUCAGGCAACUUAAACACAGACACUGUGUAGUAUAUGAAAAGUUUCUAAUUGCCAGAGACAGCAUACUGUCAGAUUUAUUUUUCCCCCCAUACUAUUGCCUGCAUAUUUUUCAAUGGUUAGACACCCCUGAUGUGUCAAUGUCAGUAAUGAUUCCCAAUAAGAGUGGAGCUUUAAAGCCCUGUGAAGCCAAAUUUAACUCCAUUUAUGUUGUCCAGAUAAUUUAGUAUCUUAAAACCGAUGGCCUGUGGGUGCUCAUACCAGUACAAUUUUACAAGAAGUUUAGAUCAUGUUUAAACAGGCUGCACACUCACAAAACUGACUCACUUGGGACCAAAUUAUGGGAGGGCAAUAAUUCUGGAUCAGGCAAAUCAUCUUGCAUGUAGUCCCAGACAGAGGAAGCUUUACAAAAACUGUUGUGUAAAUAUAUUUCUAUUUUAUAAUGAUAAAAUAGAGAUAUAUCUAUUGAAGAAUCUGUGUACCAAGAUUCCACAGGCCCAUACUAACUGUCCUUAAUUUCUCUCCUACAGCAGUACUGCUAUGCCAGUCCUGUCUGCACUCUCUUAAGGGUGCAGCAACUCGUCCUGUGUAGGUUAUGGUCAACAAAAAGAAGCGUGUUUAUCAGAUAAAUCAAGACCAUAGUUAGUAGUUUUUGCUCUGAUGUGAGGCCAGAGAGCCUUUCGGGGGAAUGCACCAUGAUUUCAUCAAGCUAUUUUAUUGAUUUAGUUUUACUUUUGUUAUGUUUCACAUUAUUUUUAAAGCCUCAUCGGGGACUUUUUUUAAAUUCCAUAUUCACUUUUUUCAUUUCAACUUACUUUUAGACAAAUUCAUCUUAGUUUAAAUUUUAUUUAAUCUAACCAGAUGCACACAAGUGUGCUUUAAGUCAUUGAUUAGUUUCUGAUAUUUUGUUUCUUUUCUGAUUUGAUUAGAACUCCCCAAUGUGUUCAGUGUCUUUGACUGUAACACCUAUAGUUUAUUAAAUGUAUAUGAUUUUUAAGUCGGUUUUUGAAUACUACAUGGUUUUCCCCUUUUCUUGUUUGUAAAUGAGUGACGAGCAGAAUAGGUGGUAUGCUAUUUUGUGUGUGAGUACAAACCCUUUUCCAAAGUGUUACUAAUGGUAAAGAGAAAUUUUCUAGGCUUCUUUUCUGCCGGUUGAAGUCUGACUGCAGAGGGACCCUUGGCACUGAAAGUGGGGUAAAACACCGGAUCCCAAGGUGCAGGUCAGGACGUACAUGGAUGUUAUGAAGGAGCAGCAACUUUCCAAAGAAGAGAGAGAGAUCAGACUACAGAUGGUAGAGAAAGCAAAAGCUGGAGAGCUGAAAGCAGUGAAUGGCUCCGCUGCAUCUCAGGCCGCGGCCAAACGUAAACGUCGCUGGGACCAGACUGCUGAUCAAACCCCCAGCAACUCAACACCCAAAAAAGUGUCCAGUUGGGACCAAGCAGACGGAGGUUCUGAAACACCAGGACACACACCAGGGCACACACCCUCCAACAGUCGUUGGGAUGAGACCCCUGGCCGUCCCAAAGGUAGUGAAACCCCAGGAGCCACUCCUAGCACUCGUAUGUGGGAACCCACACCUAGCCACACCCCAGCAGGAGCUGCCACACCAGGCCGAGACACACCUGGACAUGCUACGCCAGGCCAUGGAGGGGCCACUUCCAGUGUGCGCAAGAACCGCUGGGAUGAGACACCAAAGACAGAGAGAGAAACACCUGGUCAUGGCAGUGGCUGGGCUGAAACCCCACGUACAGACAGAGGAGACGAGUCGGUGGGUGAGACGCCCACUCCAGGUGCAAGCAAGAGGAAGUCAAGAUGGGAUGAAACACCAGCCAGCCAAAUGGGCUCUUCAACUCCCCUGCUCACCCCUGGAAAAACCCCUCUGGGUACACCUGCUAUGAAUAUGGCCACGCCCACUCCAGGUCACCUGAUGAGCAUGACUCCAGAACAGCUGCAGGCUUGGCGGUGGGAGCGGGAGAUUGAUGAAAGGAACCGUCCAUUGACUGAUGAGGAACUUGAUGCAAUGUUUCCAGAGGGAUACAAAGUUCUGCCCCCUCCAGCAGGCUAUGUGCCCAUCCGUACCCCUGCACGUAAAUUAGCUGCUACUCCAACCCCUAUUGGAGGCAUGACUGGCUUCCAUAUGCAAACAGAAGACCGAUCGAUGAAACAAGUUAACGACCAGCCAUCCGGAAACCUGCCCUUCCUCAAGCCAGAUGACAUUCAGUACUUUGACAAACUGCUGGUCGAAGUUGAUGAGUCCACGCUUAGUCCAGAAGAACAGAAGGAGCGCAAGAUCAUGAAGCUGCUCCUGAAGAUAAAAAAUGGAACACCUCCCAUGAGAAAGGCUGCUCUUCGUCAAAUCACAGAUAAGGCCAGGGAGUUUGGUGCAGGACCCCUCUUCAACCAGAUCUUGCCACUGCUAAUGUCUCCUACACUGGAGGACCAGGAGCGCCAUCUCUUGGUGAAAGUCAUCGAUCGUAUCCUCUACAAACUUGAUGAUUUGGUUCGGCCAUAUGUGCACAAGAUUCUUGUGGUGAUUGAGCCCUUGCUGAUCGAUGAAGAUUACUAUGCUAGAGUAGAGGGAAGAGAAAUCAUCUCUAAUUUGGCAAAGGCUGCUGGUCUGGCCACUAUGAUCUCCACCAUGAGGCCUGACAUUGACAACAUGGACGAGUAUGUGAGAAACACAACAGCUCGUGCUUUUGCAGUUGUGGCGUCUGCCCUGGGCAUUCCAUCUCUCCUGCCUUUCCUCAAGGCUGUUUGCAAAAGCAAGAAAUCCUGGCAGGCUCGCCACACGGGUAUUAAGAUCGUCCAGCAAAUCGCUAUUCUCAUGGGCUGUGCUAUCCUGCCACAUCUUCGCAGCUUGGUGGAGAUUAUCGAGCAUGGUCUCGUUGAUGAGCAGCAGAAAGUACGAACCAUCAGUGCUUUGGCUAUUGCUGCCUUGGCUGAAGCUGCUACACCAUACGGUAUCGAGUCCUUUGAUUCUGUCCUGAAACCUCUUUGGAAGGGUAUCAGGCAACACAGAGGCAAGGGUCUUGCUGCCUUCUUGAAAGCUAUUGGAUACUUGAUUCCUCUUAUGGAUGCUGAAUACGCCAACUACUACACCAGAGAAGUGAUGCUUAUCCUCAUUCGAGAGUUCCAGUCACCUGAUGAAGAAAUGAAGAAGAUUGUCCUUAAGGUGGUGAAGCAGUGCUGUGCCACAGAUGGUGUGGAAGCCAAUUACAUUAAAACAGAGAUCCUGCCCCCCUUCUUUAAACAUUUCUGGCAGCACAGAAUGGCAUUGGAUAGGCGCAACUACAGACAGUUGGUAGACACUACAGUGGAGCUGGCCAAUAAAGUAGGGGCAGCUGAGAUUAUCUCCCGUAUCGUGGAUGACUUGAAGGAUGAAGCUGAGCAGUACAGAAAAAUGGUGAUGGAGACCAUUGAGAAAAUCAUGGGUAACCUUGGUGCCGCUGACAUUGAUCACAAACUGGAGGAGCAGCUUAUUGAUGGUAUCCUGUACGCCUUCCAGGAACAAACCACUGAGGACUCUGUGAUGCUGAAUGGUUUUGGUACGGUGGUAAAUGCUCUGGGUAAGAGAGUUAAACCGUACUUGCCUCAGAUCUGCGGUACAGUUCUGUGGCGUCUCAACAACAAAUCUGCCAAAGUCCGUCAACAGGCUGCUGACCUGAUCUCUCGCACAGCGGUGGUUAUGAAGACAUGCCAAGAGGAAAAGCUUAUGGGCCAUUUGGGUGUGGUGUUGUAUGAGUACCUGGGAGAAGAAUAUCCUGAAGUGCUGGGUAGCAUUCUUGGAGCCCUGAAAGCCAUCGUCAAUGUCAUUGGUAUGCACAAGAUGACGCCUCCUAUCAAAGACUUGCUUCCACGUUUGACUCCCAUCUUGAAGAACAGACAUGAGAAGGUGCAGGAGAACUGCAUUGAUCUUGUGGGCAGAAUUGCUGACAGGGGUGCGGAGUACGUGUCUGCCAGGGAAUGGAUGCGCAUCUGUUUUGAAUUGUUGGAGUUGUUGAAAGCCCACAAGAAGGCCAUCCGCAGAGCUACUGUCAACACUUUCGGCUAUAUCGCCAAGGCCAUUGGUCCGCAUGAUGUGCUGGCCACACUGCUCAAUAAUCUUAAGGUGCAGGAGCGUCAGAACCGUGUGUGCACAACAGUAGCCAUUGCUAUUGUGGCUGAGACCUGUUCGCCAUUCACCGUGCUUCCAGCGCUGAUGAACGAGUAUCGUGUUCCUGAGCUUAAUGUGCAGAAUGGUGUCCUAAAGUCUCUAUCCUUCCUGUUUGAAUAUAUUGGUGAAAUGGGCAAAGAUUAUAUAUAUGCUGUCACGCCUUUGUUGGAAGAUGCUCUGAUGGACAGAGAUCUGGUACACAGACAGACUGCUAGUGCUGUGGUGCAGCACAUGUCUUUAGGGGUUUAUGGCUUCGGCUGUGAAGAUUCUCUUAAUCAUUUACUCAACUAUGUUUGGCCAAAUGUCUUUGAAACGUCUCCUCAUGUCAUCCAAGCUGUAAUGGGGGCUCUUGAGGGUCUGCGAGUGGCAAUUGGACCCUGCCGAAUGCUGCAGUAUUGCUUACAGGGUUUGUUUCAUCCUGCUCGGAAAGUGCGUGAUGUUUACUGGAAGAUCUACAACUCCAUUUAUAUUGGUUCCCAGGAUGCUCUAAUCGCACAUUAUCCUCUAAUCUUCAACGAUGAGAAGAACUCGUAUGUUCGUUAUGAGCUGGAGUACUUUCUGUGAAUAUAUCUAUCCUUACAUGUGCACUCUCUCUUCCCUCCUAUAUCUGUGUGUAUUUCAUGGUUUAUAGGACUCGGUCCAUUUUUUUAUGUUUACUGGUAGAUUGUAACCAGCACCACAGAUUUUGUGGGUUAAAAUUCAUUUCUAAUUAAAGAACAGGAAAAUACAGAAAAAAAGGAGUAUGUCAAACAUGACGCUUUUAGAUCUUUGGAUUAGAGUUUUCUGUUUUUACGGUGUGGCUCUAUGCACAGUGACGGUAAAGGUAGUAGCAGAGACUCUGAGGAGUGUGAUUUAUCUUCAGUACAUCUUUUAACUCGACGUGUCCUGGUCUGUCAAGUUCGCUCUUUUGCUCAGUCACACAUCUGUUCUUACUAUAAUGUUGCUUAGUUCGGCUGAAUAAACGUUUGUGUAUUAAAAGUCA